CGACGUCGUCCUCCCGCGGGCGAGGAUCAGCGCGGACGCGAUACCUCGCGGGUCGCUCUUUUCCCCCGAGUCCAAGUCGUAGGUUGAAAGCCACCCCGAGGAACGUUCGACUCUCGGGGCUGCUCGUUCCGGCGAUCGUACGGCGAAGCGCUCGCGGGGAUUAACGUGUAGGAGGCAAGAAGAGCGCCGAGCAUCCAUGCCGUCGCGUUCCGGAGUCGUGUACCGCGCGCCACAUUGACUCCGUGUCGCGGCUUCCUCCCUUUCGUGACAAAAUCGUGCUUGUGAAUCCAGUGAGUAGACAUACUUGUUUCGUGCCAAGUGAACGUGCCACCAGGAAGGACCAACGUGUCCCUCGUCUCUCCGCCGCGCGUGUUCCUCUCCUCCCGCGGGCCAAAUGUCGCUCAUCUCCGUCAUCGAGCCGGUGGAUGACACUCAUGACAAAGAGCCGCCAGUCGGUCGGUUUGCCUCCAGAAGGAAGAGCGUUUUCGCGGAGACUUACAAUCCCGAGGAAGACGAGGAGGAUGACGGCUUCAAGAUGGUCCAUCCAAAGAGCGACGAGCAACGACAAAGGCUCAGCGAGAGCGUCAAGAACAUACUCCUGUUUCGCGCUCUAGACGAGGAACAAAUGGCGGAUGUACUGGACGCAAUGUUCGAAAAAACCGUUCAACCGGGAGAAUUUAUUAUCCGACAGGGCGACGAUGGUGACAACUUUUAUGUGAUCGAGAGGGGCAAAUUCGAGGUGUACGUCAAAGAUCCCGCGGGAAUGGAUAAUCAUAUUCACACUUACGAUAAUCGCGGUGCUUUCGGAGAACUGGCCCUUCUGUAUAACAUGCCCAGAGCAGCCACUGUCAAAGCUUUCACGUCUGGCACACUCUGGGCCAUGGACAGGCAAACCUUCCGACGUAUUCUCCUUAAAUCCGCGUACAAGAAGCGUAAAAUGUAUGAAAACCUUAUUAAUAAAAUGCCGAUGUUGAAGUCUCUGGAGCCUUACGAGCGGAUGAACUUAGCGGAUGCCCUUGUACCGAAACAGUAUUCCGAUGGCGAGCAGAUAAUCAGGCAGGGCGACACCGCAGAUGGAAUGUACUUUGUCGAGGACGGCGUCAUCAGGAUCACCAGACUCGGCGAGCACGGCCGUGAAAUUGAGAUUACUCGUGUUCCGGCUGGCGGUUAUUUAGGCGAGUUGGCACUCGUGACGCAUAAACCACGCGCCGCUUCGGCCUACGCUGUGGGGGACAUCAAACUGGCAUUUUUGGACGUUGAAGCUUUCGAACGUUUGCUCGGCCCGUGUAUGGAACUUAUGAAACGUAAUAUCGACGAUUACGAGGAACAACUAGUAAAAAUUUUCGGCAGCAAAACCAACAUCUCCGACAUUCGAUGAACUGCUUCCGGGUGGAGCUACAUCGCCGUGCUGCUGUACUAAAGGACGCGACACUUUCGUACAGCGCAUAAUGUAUAUCAAGCACAAAAGAACUUGUACCACCUAUUUCUGAAUCUCAUCCCGCGUGUUUCGGGUAUCAUCUCGGAAUCAACAACUGUUUCAUAUGACUGUUCACUUAGACGUAUACCGAUUAAGAUUCGUCGAUAAUAGUUACCAAGUUUAUACCUACGGCACACAUUGAACAAAGCUAUAGGCUGCUCGAUUAUGUGCGCGUGUAUAACGUAACGACACGGUAUUAAUGACUAUUCUCUAAGACUGUAUUGGAUCAAAAAGAGAGUAUUAGUGCAUCCUGUCGCUCGCGCUCGAUCGUUUGCAAAAUGAAUAUUUUUUAUUUCUUGUUGCCCCAGUGAAAAAUCGGAAUAUAAUAUUUUGAGACACACGGUCAUUAUUACAGUAUUUAACUUUAUCCCCGGAAUGACUCAAUUUUAUCUCAAUGUAUUCUAUCUAUAUGCUCACACAAUUCGUCUAUACUCUCGUCCAUUAUCCAUCUUUAGACAAAUCAGCGGCUAUAUUUAUAAGACAUAGUAGGAGUAUCGAAUAUUCGAAAUCGAAUGCUCUUCUAACGCGCUACUUUCUGGCAAAAGAUAGAUUACAAGAGAAACGACCACAUUAGUAAUUGAACAUUGACACGAAUCUCUUGCAAGGUGUUUGUACGAAAUACCUAAUAUGCAUAUCACUCUUUCGAAGAUAAUGAAAGUAACAUUGCCAUUUUUAAUGAGAACAGACAGAACUGUACAAUAUUCUUUGAUACAGCCGUUUAACGAUGUAAAAUAUCUUGAUAAAAUAUCAGAUCAGACAAUCACGAUUUUGUCUAUGAUUCGUGACGAGUAGUAGAUACGCACUUUGCAAAUAUGCACAUAUACAUACACAAAAAUGUAUCACAUGCAACGUGCACACAAUGGUAAAAUAAUUUUCUAAUUCGUGUUUUUUUUUAUAUAUAUAAAUGUGACUUGCGUAUGAAUUACUUUUUUUUUACGUACUAAUAUAUCUUUCACGAAACAAUGCAUUUACAUUAUCGUAGUUUUGUGCAUAAUUAUUUAUAAUUAAAUUGGAAUACAGUAUCACUUAAUAGAUUUUUACUUGAAAAAAUAAUCAAUUAUUUUCUAACAAGUAACAAAUUCUGAUAAAAAAUUUAAUUUAUGUUCUUUAUUAAUAGAAUCGAUAAACGCCAGAGUUGUACAAACGCAUUCUAUUUCGGAUAUAGAGUACUCUCAAAGAAAUGCAUAGAAAGUCCAGAACUAAAGGAGCCUUAAAAUUAACUUAAAUGCGCGGAUAUAACAAUGCAAAAGGAAUAUAUCGCAUAUACACAUGUACAAAGUAAUGUAAAAGAAAACAUAAAUGUGAAAUGAGAGAAAAAAGGAGUGUAACAUUUUCUAAUUGCUUUGUACUUGUAUGUAUCAGAUUAGGAAUUUUAGCGUAAAAAGGUAACCGCGCGUUUAAGCUAACGUUAAAUUCAAGUGUGUCUUGCCGAUAAAUAAUGGUAACUCGAGGAUCGAUUACGAGAAUCCGUCAACUUAUUUUUAUUACAUGUGUACAAGACACGUUAUGUGUAUGAUGAUAUACGUCUAUCAUCGUGAUAAAAGUCCAGUCGAAAACCGAUUCGAUUAUAGUAAUGGACAGGUGCGAAUGCUAGUCACUUUUUAUGACCGUGUUUUUGUCACGUUGUCUUCUGACAAUUACAUCUGACACGAAAAAAGAAAGGAUACUUUUUAUUACGGUGAACUAUGUGUAUUUACCUCGUGACUGAAACUCGCGAUAAAGCGGCAGGGCUUUUUAAAUAAUAUCACAAUCGUGUGAGGGAGAAAAGGGAGACUAGUACGAAAGUGAAAUAGAGAGAGAAGCUAAUAUAGGAAUUGUUAAUAAUGGUUGUAUUAUUCUUCAAUGUGCGGCACUGAUGCCUUGCAUAGCCUUAUUUUUUUUAUGCAUGGCCCAUUUUCUUAUAGCUGCUUGAUCAAAUCUCGUGAAAUUUUUCAAAUAAACAGUUAAAUGAAUUAAAUGAAAUCUAAUAUCUCUCAAUGAUCUAAAAAUAAUUCAGAUUUUAAAACAGUUGAAAAACAAUUUGUUUACAACAUAGUAUCAGUAUCUUUAGUCUUCCACUGUAUCUCCAGGCUGUGAUAUUAUUUUCGACUGAGUAUUUCAUUCCUUUCUUGUAAUCUCUU